AUGGCAGAUUAUCCUUUCAUAACAGACAUGUCUCAUGAGACCAUGGAUGGUUUACUAAAACUCAAGACAUUCAAUGAUUCUCAAGCUUCCUUGGGCCCUUUCUCUGUAUCCUCUGUCGGCACCUUAGAAUAUGGUUCUACCAUUUCUUCUUUUCCUCAAGAAAAUUGCUGUCGUCUACCAUCUUUUUCUCAAAUUCUGCUUUCUAUCGAUGCCCACGGGUUUCCUCUUGAUGUCUCUCCAAGCUCACUCGGUAUUCUUCACAAUUACUCCUCAUCCAUUUCUUUGCAUUCUGCGUCUUCAAGUCAAUCCUCCCGAUCUCGUCGCCGGGGCCGACCCAGAAAAUCAGAAUGCGGAUAUUCAAAGGCUAAGCAACACACGGACCACGUUUCACCAAGACCACGAUGGAACAAUACAGAGAGACAUGAACUCAUAGAGGCUAUCAUUAGAGAAAAGAAACUUGAUGACAUGUCAACUAUAUGCUGGGAUCGUAUUGCGGCAGCUGUAGGUAGAGCAACCAAGGCUUGUAAGGAUCAAUGGCGUAGAGAGGUCUUACCAAAUAUUCGAUCUAAGUUCACAACUUCCAGUAAAAGAUCCAGACGGUCGUCGAGUAACAAUGAAUAA